AUGGGAAUUCCGAUCGGCUUCAAUGAAGACGAUGUCACAGAUAAGCAAGGAGGCUGCUCAGUUGUUCACUCCAAACUGAAAUCCUGUCUGAGGGAGAAGUUUCAACGUGUUGCUCAAGGAACAGCUAGACAUGCAAAUUCCGCAUUUCUAAAUGACAUCUACACAGAACUUCACAUCAUUGACAGCAGAGCUGCACAAAUCAAUAAUGAACAUGAGGUCCAACUACUUGAGAGAGGAUUAAAAAGAGUAACAACAGAUGACAUACCAAUAAAAUGCAACGAUGUCUUCAUGCCUUUACACGGACAAGACAAACCCAUUAGAAUUGUCCUGACAAAGGGAGUUGCCGGCAUUGGAAAAACUGUCUCCGUGCAGAAGUUCAUUUUGGACUGGGCUGAAGGGGAAGCAAACCAGGAUAUCCACUUCAUAUUUCCACUUCCGUUCAGAGAGCUGAAUUUGAUGAAGGAUCAUAAAGGCAGUCUGAUGGAUCUUCUCCAUUUCUUUUUUGCUGAAACAAAAGCACUAAAUUCUUCUGAAAUUGAAAACUAUAAAGCUGUGUUCAUCUUUGAUGGCCUGGAUGAAUGUAGACUUCCUCUGGAUUUCCAUAACAACAAGACUCUCUGUGAUGUGACAGAGUCAGCCUCACUUGAUGUUCUGCUGACAAACCUGAUCAAGGGGAAUCUGCUUCCCUCUGCUCUCAUCUGGAUAACCUCCCGACCAGCAGCAGCCAGUCAAAUCCCUCCUGAGUACGUUUCUCGAGUGACAGAGAUACGAGGGUUCAAUGACCCUCAGAAAGAGGAGUACUUCAGGAAGAGAAUCAGUGAUCAGAGCAUGGCCAGCAGAAUCAUCUCACACAUUAAGUCACUCAGGAGCCUGUUCAUCAUGUGUCACAUACCAGUGUUCUGUUGGAUGUCGGCCACUGUUCUAGAGAGAAUGUUGGGUGAAUCCGAGGGUGGAAAAAUCCCCAGGACUCUGACCCAAAUGUACACACACUUUCUGUUAAUUCAGAUCAAAAUCAUUCGAGAAAAGUACAGAGAGAGCAAGGAGACAGAUAAAGACAUUAUUUUCAAAUUGGGCCGACUGGCUUUUGAGCAGCUGGAAAAAGGCAAUCUGAUCUUCUAUGAGGAAGACCUGAGAGAGUGCGGGAUUGAGGUCAGAGAAGCAUCAGUGUACUCAGGAGUGUUUACCCAGAUCUUCAGAGAGGAGUGUGGGCUGUACCAGAGGAAGGUGUACUGCUUUGUGCAUCUCAGCAUUCAGGAGCAUCUGGCAGCUUUGUAUGUGUUUCUGUCUUUCUGCAACAAUAAUACAAAUGUACUAGAACAUCAGCCCAACAGUGAAGAUAGAAAUCAAAACAAGACUGUGAAACUAUCAGACCUACACAAGAGUGCAGUAGACAAGGCCAGGCAGAGUAAAACUGGACACCUGGACCUUUUCCUCCGCUUCCUCCUUGGCCUCUCACUGGAGUCCAAUCAGAUUCUCUUAAGAGACAUGCUAAAUCACAUGAGUGGUUUCUCACAGGACAGAGAGGUAACAAUAAAGAUCCUCAAGGAGGAAAUUAAGAAUGUUAUCUGUCCACAGAUGGCUAUCAAUUUUUUCCACUGUCUCAAUGAACUGAAUGAUAAUUUGCUAGUAGAGGAAGUCCAAAGCCAUCUAAGGCCAGGAGGACUAGAGCUGAAAAAGGAACUUACUAAAGAAGAGUGGUCAGCAUUGGUCUUUGUCUCACUAACUUCAGAGGGAGAGUUGGAUGUUUUUGACCUCCGUGAAUAUGGCAAAUCAGAAACGGUUUUGUUCAGGAUUCUUCCCAUAGUCGGCGCAUCAACAAAGUCUUUGCUACGUGAAUGCAACCUGACGUGGCGAGGUUGUGCAUUUCUGAUCUGCACGCUCUCUGAGGUCUCAAGUCUGAGAGAGCUGGACCUCAGUCACAAUGACCUGCAAGACACGGGAAUUAAAUACCUUUGCUCAGCACAGGAAACACCACCCUAUGCUGGGCUGAAGGACCCAGUAUGUAGACUAGAGGCCCUGAGCCUACAGAACUGUGCAGUGACAGCCGAGGGCUGUGGUUACCUGGCCUCUGCUCUGAGAUCAAACCCCUCACACCUGAGAAUGCUGGACCUGAGUUUGAAUAAUCUGGGAGAUUCAGGAGUGAAACUACUCUCUGCUGCAAUUAAAGACAGUCAUUGUAAACUGGAGAAACUAAAACUGAACCACUGUAACCUGACAGAAGAAAGCUGUGUAGCACUUUCUUCAGCUGUGGUCGUGAAUCUGAAAGAGCUGUCCCUGAAUCAGAAUGACCUGCGGGAUGCCGGCAUGAAGCAGCUCAGUGAUGGCUUAAGAGAUCCCCGGUGUAAAUUACAGACACUGAGUUUGUCAAACUGUAUUAUCAGAGCAGAGGGCUGUGGCACUUUGGCUUCUGCUCUGAGAUCAAACCCUUCACACCUGACAGAGUUGGACCUGAGCUCAAACGAGCUGCGAGAUGACGGAGUGGAACUGCUCUGUGCUGCGCUAAUGCGAACUCGAUGUAAACUCCAGGCGCUGAAGUUAAAUGAAUGUGGCCUCACAGAGAAAAGCUGCACAGCCCUGGCUUCUCUCCUCUGCUCAAAGUUCUCCACUCUGAGAGAUCUGGACUUGAGUAGAAAUGACCUGAAGGAUUCAGGAGUGAUACGGCUGUCUGCAGGACUGAGGAGUUCACGCUGUAAACUGGAAACCCUGAGUGGAAUUCUCAGCCCUGAGAGACACCAGUCACCAUUAUUCAACCUCUGUCCCACACUGCAGCAGCCGGUCAUGCUGGGAAAUGAGAGGACCUGA